ACCUUGAACAUCUUCCCUGGGGCACGCGCAAAACAAACGCUAUCAACGCCUCACGGCGAGGGGCGCUGUGACCCUCCGAGGCGGUGCAGGAACUUCCGGGGCGGGGCAAUCCUGUGCCCUUCCGGCCUGGGGAUAGUCAGGCGUGCUCUGCGCUUUCCGCUGUCUUUCCGCUGUCGCUACCACCGUCAUCCGCGUGUUUCGGUCAUGGCCCCGUUGCUGCUGCCCCUGCUGCUGCGCCCUGCAGCCCGGGCCCUGCGCCCCACAGCCCUCCCGACGCUGCGCCCCGCCGUGGCCGCCGCCACCCGCGCCUUCGGAGGCUUCCUGGGAGGAGGAAUCGCCAGCGGGCCGGGGCCCGCGCGCCCCCGCCUCCUGCAGCCGCUCCGGAGCGCGCCCGGUCUAUGCUCGUGCACGUGCGGAGGACUCCACACCGAGGGGGACAAGGCCUUUGCUGAAUUCUUGACAGAUGAAAUUAAAGAGGAGAGGAAGAUCCAGAAACACAAAUCCCUCCCCAAGAUGUCUGGGGAUUGGGAACUGGGUGUGCAAGGGACAGAAGCCAAGUUAGUCCGGAGAUUAGCUGGUGAGAGGAUCACAGUCACAUUCAAUAUUAACAACAGUAUCCCACCGACAUUUGAUGACGAGCCACCAGAGGGACAGAAAACCCAAGAACAGCAAGAGCCUGAACUUACAUCAACCCCGAACUUUGUGGUGGAGGUUGUGAAGGAUGAUACCAAGAAGGCCCUUGUGCUGGACUGCCACUAUCCAGAGGAUGAGGUUGGACAGGAAGAAGAGGAUGAGAGUGACAUCUUCUCCAUCCGGGAAGUUAGCUUUCAGCCCGCUACUGAAUCCGACUGGAAGGAUACAAACUACACACUCAACACAGAUUCGCUGGACUGGGCCCUGUACGACCACUUGAUGGACUUCCUGGCUGACCGAGGGGUGGACAACACGUUUGCAGAUGAACUGAUCGAGCUCAGCACAGCCCUAGAGCACCAGGAGUACAUCAACUUUCUGGAAGAUCUGAAAGGGUUUGUCAAGUGUCAGUAGGAAGGCCUGAGGCUGCGAGCCGUGCAGGACACCCAGAGCCCUUCCUUCCAAGAGAAUGUUAUCUAGAAGCUAUCAUGGAGAAAAUACUGCCAGGUGUAAAUUAUGUUGCCUAACCCUUUAUUUCCUUCCUCUGCUGGCUUUUGUACACUACCACAGAAUGCCGAGAAAUAAAACCCUUGGAUCUCUCCAGC